CCGGAAGUCAGGGUCCGGCUAGCUCCGAGGGCGUUCUGGAAGCUUGCGCUUUCGGGGCGGAAGGAGGAGAAAGCAGGAGCGACGUACUACGUGUCCCAGUAAAUGCAUUUAUGGAAAAAGAAAAAUUGAUGGCAACAUAAUAGUAGAAUACUGUAGCACUGCAAUGGAUUCCUCAGUGGAAAACAACACGUUUGUAAACAAAGUGUGGAUUCAGUGUGAAAAUGAAAGUUGUUUGAAAUGGAGAUUCUUAUCAAAUGACGAUGCAGCCAAACUUGAUCACAACAAACCAUGGUACUGUUUCAUGAACACUGAUUCAAGAUACAAUGAGUGCUCUAUUUCUGAAGAAAAUUUUCCUGAAGAGUCUCAGCUUCAUCAAAGUGGAUUUAAGAUAGUCUAUUCACAGCUCCCUCUUGGAAGCCUGGUUUUGGUAAAAUUACAGAAUUGGCCAAGUUGGCCAGGGAUACUUUGCACUGAUCCCUUUAAAGGCAAAUACGUGACCUAUGACCGGGAUGGCAAUGUUGAACAGUAUCAUAUAGAAUUCCUGGGCUAUCCUCAUUCAAGAUCAUGGAUAAAUGCAACAUUUGUUGGACAUUAUAGUAUCACAUUAAAGUUAUCUUCAAGGACCAGGACCAAUCAAGCCAUGACUCAGCCAGGAAAAUGUAAGAAUAAAACGAAGUGGCAUAAAAGUGCCCUACGAGAAGCAUUCCUCCUUCAUGGAUGUUCUCAUGAGCAAAGACUGGAAAUGUGCUACCUAUCAAACCAGGAUAAAUCCAAAGCAGAUGGCAAAGUUGCUGUGGUGGCCAAGAAAAGGAGACAAGUUUCCAAAAAUAAUACUGAAGAAAAAAAGCCCAAAUUUAGAAAAAGGAAAAGGAUAGCUAUUUUAAAAUGUUCUUUGGAAAGUGUUUGUUCAGAUUAUGCCCUAUCAAAGGAAAACAUGGUUGUCUCUGAGACAGAAAUGUUACUAAAAGAAGUGGAGCAGAUGCUACAGCAUGUGCAGGAGCUCCCAGCAGCACCUGAUGAGUGGGAAGAGGAACACAGAGAGGAGAUAAAUACAGGGACCAAGUUCUCUAAAUGCAGCCCUGGAGCUGUGGCAGGCAGUCCAUUUGAAAAUCACUAUGAAGAGGACUACCUUGUUAUUGAUGGGAUAAAAUUAAAAGUUGAAGAAUGUAUUGAAACUAUAACUAACAAGUUUAAAGAAAUAGAUGCUUUGAUGUCUGAAUUUUAGGGAAUUGUAGGUAUCUUCAACAGUUAAUUAUGAAAGUAUUCACAUAUUUAUAUUUUUCCAAAAUCAAAAGCUUAAAAAUGUUUAGUGAAAUAGGUAUAUAUUAUAAACUAAAGUCAAUAUUUGUAAUAACUUUUUAUUUUAUAUAGUGAGAUUAUUCAUUGUUUUGAAAUCUACUCAAAUAGUAUUUAAGUUGUUAUUAAAAGUUUGGG